UAGUUUUGACAUAUAAACAAACAAAUUUCUAGAAAACUGCCGAAAAAAGAUUUUAACACGGUCUAGGAAAAACUUAAACGUUGAAAAAAAAUAUUAUAUUUAAAUAAAAUAAAAAAUGGCCGACUACGAUUCAGAUGAUGAAAAAUCUCAAUUUGAUAAAUUGCGUUAUGCCAAAGUACCACGGGGCAUGCAUGUCAGUGGUUGGGAUGAUGAUGCCGAUGAACUUAUCGAAGAAGAUCGUAAUCCACAAGCCAGUAUUGAACGCAUGAUUUUGUGGGCUGUCAAUGAAAAUAAACUCAGUGAGGUCAAGGAAAUCUUACGUUUAGAUCCGGAAGCUGUCACUGCCAUAGACAACGAUGGUUAUACCCCCUUACAUCGUGCCUGUUACAAUAAUUUUGAGGAUAUAGCUAAACUACUGAUACAAUAUAAAGCCGAUCCAAAUGCCAAAACAAAUAUGGGCUGGACCCCUUUGCAUUCGGCCUGUAAAUGGAGCAAUGCACAAUGUGCUCUCCUACUACUGCAACAUGGAGCCGAUGUCAAUGCCCAAUCGGAUGGACAACAGACUCCUUUGCAUAUAGCAGCUACUGUCUCAAAUUGUCGUAAUACUGCCACCGUCCUAAUGAUGGAUCACAAUAUUAAUGCUCAGGCAUUGAAUAACUCCGAAGAAACAGCCCGUGAUAUAGCUUUACGCACCGGUUUAACGGGUCCUGUUUUUGAAAUGGGCCAUAGUGCUUAUGACGUUGAGACAGGUUUAAUAGAUUAGAUCUUAGAAAAUAGGUUUAUUUUUGAGAGAAAAUAAGAAUAAAUUACAUAAAA